UGUGCUGUCCUGACUGUAACGGGCAAGAGUGACAGGUGCCACCUGCAUGUGGCUUCCAAGUUCAGUGUGAGUGCCGGAGCCAAUGGGCUGCUCAGACUGCUUGGAGUAGGCGUUCUAGUCGUCCGAGGUGGGGAGGUCCUAUGUGGCGGCUCUCUGCCGCCCGUCCUGCUCUCCCAUAUGAUUGUAUGGAGCCAGGCAGCUUACACCGUGCACCACACUGGCACAUGCCUCCGAGGCUCUGACAACACCGGGACUUGUCUCAAAGUGAACAGAAUAGACGAGAGGAGGAAUAUCGUGUGUGGAGGAGACCCGGCUGCCCGGGAAUAACUUUCCUGUCACCUCAGAGGAAGCCGCGAGCUCCUUGUCUGACACUUAGGACACUCUCUGAAAUUUGGGCGAAGAAGGAUAUAUACCCCUGGGACAUGUAAUUUUGGAAAGGAUUUAAGAUGACCGACAUCGUGAGGAUGUGUGGAGCUAGUCAGCAUCUCCGCUUUGGAUGGCUGGUUGUGCUGUUGUGGGCACUUGGGGCACUUCAGGGGACAUGCAGCCAGGCAGUAUGUGCAGGAACGGAGAACAAACUGAGCUCUCUGUCUGAUCUGGAUCAACAGUACAAGUCCUUACGCAAGUAUUAUGAGAACUGUGAAGUUGUGAUGGGGAAUCUGGAGAUCACUAGCAUCGAGCAUGGGCGCAACCUUAGUUUCCUCCGGUCUAUUCGAGAAGUGACAGGAUAUGUCCUGGUGGCUCUUAAUCAGUUUGACUAUCUUCCGCUUGAGAACCUGCGCAUCAUUCGUGGAAACAAACUGUAUGAGGACCGAUAUGCUUUAUCCAUCUUCCUAAACUACCUGAAGGAUGGGAAACAUGGACUUCGGGAGCUUGGCUUAAGAAAUCUUACUGAGAUUCUAAAUGGAGGAGUGUAUCUGGAUCGAAAUGAUUUCCUGUGUUAUGCCGAUACCAUAAACUGGCAGGACAUCGUCCGCAAUCCCAAUGCUACAGUGAUCCCCAUGAACAGAAAUCCAAAUUGUGGGAAGUGUCCAAAAGCUUGUCCCGAGCACUGUUGGGGUCCAUUUGAGAACCAAUGUCAGAGAUUGACGAAGAUCGUGUGUGCCGAGCAGUGUGAUGGCCGCUGUUAUGGACCCUAUGUUAGUAAUUGCUGUCACCGGGAAUGUGCUGGAGGCUGCUCUGGACCGAAAGAUACUGACUGCUUUGCCUGCCUGAAAUUUAAUGACAGUGGCUCCUGCGUCACCCAGUGCCCCCAACCCAAUAUAUAUAAUCCAACUGCUUUUCAACUGGAGCAAAACCCUAAAGCCAAGUACACGUAUGGAGCUUUUUGCGUGAACAAAUGUCCUCAUAAUUUUGUUGUGGAUGACAGUUCUUGUGUCCGUGCCUGUCCAAGUAACAAGAUGGAAGUAGAGGAAAAUGGCAUCAAGAUGUGCAAGCCAUGUGCUGGAAUAUGCCCCAAAGUGUGUGAUGGCAUUGGGACAGGGUCCCUGAAGACAUCCCAGAAUGUGGACUCCAACAACAUAGACAAGUUUACAAAUUGCACCAAGAUCAAUGGGAAUCUCCUGUUCCUGGUUACUGGUAUUGAUGGCGAUGCCUACCACAAUAUAGCUCCGCUGAAUCCUGAGAAGCUGAAUAUUUUCCGUACUGUCCGAGAGAUCACAGGUUAUCUUAAUAUUCAGUCCUGGCCAAAGAACAUGACAGAUCUUAGGGUUUUCUCCAACCUGGUCAGCAUUGGGGGCAGAGAUCUGUACAGUGGGAUCUCAUUGCUCAUCCUCAAGCAACAGAGCCUCACAGCCCUAAAACUUCAGUCCCUAAAAGAAAUCAGUGCUGGAAAUGUGUAUAUCACUGACAAUCACAAUCUAUGCUACUAUAAUACCAUCAACUGGACCUCACUGUUCAGAACAUCCAGCCAGAAGUCCACCAUUAGAGAUAACAGGAAAGGAGAGAACUGCACUGCUGAGGGAAUGGUGUGCCACCCUCUUUGCUCCAGCACUGGUUGUUGGGGACCUGGACCUGAUCAAUGCCUGUCUUGUAAAUACUUCAGUCGAGAAAAUUCUUGUGUCAGAUCCUGCAACAUUAAAUUGGGAGAGAAUCGGGAGUUUGCUAAUGGCACUGUCUGCCUCAAAUGUGACAGUCAAUGUGAGAAGAUGGAUGGUGGCAUUGCCACUUGUUAUGGACCGGGUCCUGACAGCUGUGCGAAAUGUUCCAACUUCAAAGAUGGCCCUAACUGUGUAGAGAAAUGUCCUGAAGGCCUGCAAGGUGCCCACAGCUUCAUUUUUAAAUAUGCAGAUGAAGACAGAGAAUGCCGCCCCUGCCACCCUAACUGCACUGACGGCUGUAGAGGACCACGCAUCAAAGACUGUAUAGGAAUCAUAGACAGAACUCCCCUGAUCGCAGCAAGUGUUAUUGGAGGGUUAUUCAUUAUAGUUAUCAUGGGACUAACCUUCGCAGUCUACAUUAGAAGAAAAAGCAUAAAAAAGAAGAGAGCCUUGCGCAGGUUCCUAGAGACAGAGUUAGUGGAACCAUUGACCCCAAGUGGCACAGCACCAAACCAAGCCCAGCUGCGGAUCCUAAAAGAAACAGAGCUUAAGAGGGUCAAAAUCCUGGGUUCUGGUGCUUUUGGCACUGUAUACAAGGGUAUCUGGGUUCCUGAAGGUGAAACUGUAAAGAUCCCUGUGGCCAUUAAAAUCCUGAAUGAGACAACAGGACCAAAGGCCAAUGCUGAAUUCAUGGACGAAGCCCUGAUUAUGGCCAGCAUGGAUCAUCCCCACUUGGUCCGCUUACUUGGAGUUUGCCUGAGUCCUACUAUUCAACUGGUCACCCAACUGAUGCCUCAUGGAUGCCUUCUGGAUUAUGUCCAUGAACACAAAGAUAACAUUGGCUCUCAGCUCCUUCUUAACUGGUGUGUCCAGAUAGCAAAGGGCAUGAUGUACCUGGAGGAACGCCGCUUGGUUCACAGAGACCUUGCAGCUAGAAAUGUAUUGGUGAAGUCUCCCAACCAUGUGAAGAUCACAGACUUUGGACUAGCCCGGCUACUAGAAGGAGAUGAAAAGGAAUACAAUGCUGAUGGUGGCAAAAUGCCAGUGAAGUGGAUGGCCCUAGAAUGCAUUCAUUAUAGGAAGUUUACCCAUCAGAGUGAUGUCUGGAGUUAUGGUGUCACUAUAUGGGAGCUAAUGACAUUUGGUGGAAAGCCCUAUGAUGGAAUUCCAACACGGGAAAUCCCUGAUCUCUUGGAAAAAGGCGAAAGACUUCCUCAGCCACCAGUGUGCACCAUUGACGUUUAUAUGGUUAUGGUGAAGUGUUGGAUGAUUGAUGCUGAUAGUCGACCCAAAUUUAAGGAGCUGGCUGCAGAAUUUUCUAGGAUGGCAAGAGACCCUCAGAGAUACCUUGUCAUACAGGGGGAUGACCGUAUGAAGCUUCCUAGUCCUAAUCACAGCAAGUUCUUCCAAAAUCUCCUUGAUGAUGAAGAUUUAGAAGAUAUGAUAGAUGCUGAGGAGUAUCUCGUCCCACAGGCCUUUAAUAUCCCACCUCCAAUCUAUACCUCUAGGACAAGAAUCGACUCCAACAGAAGUGAAAUUGGACACAGCCCUCCUCCUGCCUACACCCCUAUGUCAGGAAAUCAGUUUGUGUAUCGAGAUGGAGGCUACACGACACAAGAAUCAGUGACCCUGCCAUAUAGACCACCUGCUUGUCCCAUACCAGAAGUUCCUGCAGUCCAGGGUGCAACUUCUGAAGUCUUUGAAGACACAUGCUGCAAUGGAACUCUCCGUAAACAGACUGCAGAGCGAGCUCCAGAAGACAGUAGUCUACAGAGAUACAGUGCGGACCCCACCACUUUUGUACGGGAACGUACUUCACGGGGAGUAGUAGGGGAAGAUGGGUACAUGACACCCAUGAAAGAAAAGCCUAAAUCAGACUACUUAAGUCCAGUGGAGGAGAAUCCUUUUGUCUCAAGAAGAAAAAAUGGUGAUCUCCAAGCCCUGGAUAAUCCUGAAUACCACAAUGGACCCAGUGGGCAGCCAAAAUCAGAGGAUGAAUAUGUCAAUGAGCACCUUUACUUUAAUUCUUAUGCCAAGCCUAUGGAAAAUGCUGAAUUCAUGAAAAACAAUGGACUAACUGUGCCAGAAAAAGCCAAGAAGGCAUUUGACAACCCAGAGUACUGGAACCAUAGCUUGCCACCCAGAAGCACCAUUCAACACCCAGAUUAUCUGCAUGAGUACAGCACAAAAUAUUUUUAUAAGCAAAAUGGACGAAUCCGGCCCGUAGUUGCAGAAAAUCCAGAAUACCUGACCGAGUUCACUCUGAAGCCGGGCACUGUCCUUCCCCCUCCUCCUUACAGGCACCGGAACACUGUUGUGUAGAACAUUCAGUAUUAUUGAUUUUGGGAGAAAACCCAUGAAAUCCCAUAGAGUCCUUGAGUCCUCCUCCUCUAAGAGCCACCUUAUUUCCUCAGGUGUGCUUCCUCUCAAUGCCAGAUCUCUCCUUUAUGAAGGAAACAGAGUGAGCUAGGCUAUUUUAUUAUUAUUUAUUAAAGAGAGCGCUUGAUGAUGUUCAUUCUCGACCGGCAGCUCAUUCAUUGUUGGCAAUUUGUCUUCAGAUGACCAGGCACUGGUAGAAACCACAGGAUGACCUAUGAAGCUGUAGGAAUUGAUCAACCCAUCUUUAAUGUUUAUUUUAUGCAGACAUUUGCAGUAUUUAUAUCAUCUCAAAUCCAUAUUUCAUGAAGAGCAAAAUUUUAAAGAAAUAUAGAUAUGUUUUAUUUUUAUGGUAAUCCAGAAUCAAAAGAUAUGCUUUACCACUUACUUAAACUAGACAGUCUGUGUCUUCCUCUACAGAACACCCCAUUGACAGUCUAGAAUGCAUUAUUAAAAUUUAUCAGACAGAGAUACAGUUCAUUUAGGUAGCAUAUUCGGGUAAAAAUGUCUAAAUAGAUUUGUGUUUUGUUUUUAAAGUUAGGUUUUCCUAUUACCAAGCUUGUAUUUUACUUAAAAUGUGAGAAUAUUUCAUUUGUAGAUAUCUUUUAAGCUAAAUGUGUAGAACUUGUAGAACAAGGUGUAAAUGGGGAUCAUAAUACCAUCUGUUGCUUGACAGCAUGCAAGGUGACAUCUUUGACAGUCUUUGUUGAUUAGAAAGACAACUGGAAUGAGAAAAUUGGACUUACCUGGUUUGCGAAACAGCUUUACAACAGUAGAAAACCACAACAUCAAUAUAUGUGCCAGUAUAAGUCCAUUGACAUGAUCCUGUAAAGUGGCAUAAAAGAGUUUGUUGGGUGGUCAAGUGUAGUCUAAAAUUCUUACUGACAUUCUUAAGAGACAUGGCACGUUUGGUUAAAAGAAGCAAGAGCAGUGCAUUUUAUAUAAUUUUCUGGCCUUAAUGCCAUGAAGGCACCAUUUUGUAUUCUGCUUUUCACUUUGUCCAAAGCUAUGCCCAUCUUCUAUUCAUUUCAAAAACCAGCACAAACAAAAACUUUCUCGAGGAUUAUGGAUAAGAACAUGGAAGCAAAUUCUAUACCUUUCCAUCUGGUAACUUUUCUGAAGGGGAUGUUACCAGUCUUUGGAGCCAUAUAAUUUAUUUCAGGACUUUUGGCAACUGAGGAACACUAGACUGGUCAAACAAAAGACAAGCCAGAGAUGUCAACAGUGAAGACUGAGGUGUCCUAUCUGGUGAGGAUCUUAUCAGAUGGUCUGUAAGGAAAUUUUUAUGCAGCAGGGAAUCGCAGACUUUAGUCUAGAAAGUCAGUUUUGCACUUAUGAUAUUCUCUUUGUCCUUUAAAGACUGUUGUGUGUGUUUUUGUUUGUUUUUUUGUUGAACCUUUUGUUUUUUUUUCUCUUGUUUUUUUGUUUUGUUUUUUUGAAUGAAGCAAUAUGAAGGCAACCAGCAGAAUCAAAUGAUGUAUACAAAAGACUGAAAAAUGUCAGAAAAUUAUUAUUUGUAACAAAGAAAGUAAAUAGACAUAUAAGCUAUAGAAUAAUAUAUAAUGUAACGGGUUAGACAGUAUACUAGUGAAAAUGAUAAAGGGGGUUAAGGGUAAUUCAUGGCAAGUUUUGGAUUCAAGAGUUCUCUAAUAGCAGACACAAUACUGCAACUAAAGAAACAGUAAAAUUAUUUUAUUACCUUUUCGUGGGGCGGUGGCUUAAAUGCUCAUGCCAUGCUAUUUCCUGUUCAUGGAUGGAAGGUACUCAGACGUAAUGGCACUUUAAGGUCUUCCUGCAGCUUGAGUUUUCAGUUUUUAGAGAUGAACAUAUUCAAUAUGUGUUACAUGUCAGUACUUGUCUUCAAAUCUUGUUCCACCACCAUGUUUUCUUGUCAAAUAAUGAAUUUGUGGGGUUUAGUAAUCUUCAGUGUUUGGUAGACUGCAGUUGUUGUGCUGCUUCCAGGAUGAUCCCAUUCCUUACAGGAGCUACGGAAACCCUACAAACAAGAACAAAGCCACUAUGAUGGAUUUUAACUUUUUAAUUUCUUCUCUUUGUAGUCUUUUAUUUUUGAAGGGAUAGUUUUUAUAAAGCAGAGAUGUAUUAUUGGUUUUUUUAUUUAGAUAUUUGUCUUCCUUUCCUCUUCUUUGUUUGCUGAAUAUAUAAUCUAAGUAGUGGUUUUGAAGAGCGAGCACAUGUCCUGGCAAUAGUCAAAAGCACCACAGUAUUAGAGAAGAGAUUAUGAAAAAAUAUGUAUAAGCUGAUUUGUAUGCAUAUCAAAUUUUAAGUUUUUUUUACAUUGAAUUUGCCAAAUCAUACAGGUGAAGAGGGUAUGCAACAACACCUGUGUAUAGUAUGCGAUCGACCCCUUACCUGUACCAAUGAAGCAUAAUAGAGUGAAGUAUGGAUUUCGCACAUCGUGGACAUUUUGUUACUUAAGCCAUGGAUUUUAAAAUACAGUAAAAGAAUUGACCAUACGUCUAAAGGAAGCUGAAGAAGGACUUUCUAUUUAGCUUCUAUGAAAGAAAGAAAUUACAUAAUUUUAACUCUGCAGCAUGGUUGUUCAGUGGACUUGUAUGUUGAACAUAGCAGUAUAUAAUGGAAUCGUAUAGUUCCUGGACAAACCAGCCAAAGCACUUUGUGUGGGACUAUAAACUAUCUCACAGUUUUGACACUGAAGACAAGAUACAAGACAUAGUGCCAAAUCAUGCUGAAUUUUUAGCGUAUAAUAAUAUUCUUCAUAAACACUGCCAAUUGCUUACUAUCAUUUAUGAUGAAGGUCAUAUUCACUGCUACUAGGUUAUUUCCUGGGAAGCAGUGCUUUUUUUUUUUUUUUUUUUGAAGAGUUGAAUUGAUCUUGAACUUUAUCUCUGUGCUUAUCAUGGACAUCAUGUAACUUUCUUAAGGUGCAGGCUGUAAUGGAUUUUCCAACAAUGUACACUGUAUCCAACAUAAAUGUAUGGGCGGUCCCCCAGUGCACCCCAGUGAACACAACUGAACCACAGAAAAGUGUUUAUGUAGUGCAGUCAUCCUCUGCACUGCUGGUGCAAUGGCAUUAUGUAGCAUUAAGUAGUUCUGCUGUAAAAUGGGUCGAUUAUUGUAUCCCAAAACUGAGAGAAGAUUCUGAAUUGUUGCAAAAUCUUCUGCGUGGGAGUCAACAGAGCAACUCUAAUGUCAUGGCAGCUAAAUAUGAAAGCAAAAGAUGUAUCAUUAACACACAGUCUAUUAUACACUUUCCAUGGUUAUCAUCGGGGCCAUGGACAGAAUACAUUAUUCAUCCUUCUUAAAGUAGGGUACCCUUAUGUAAGCCACCUGGAAUCUUGCUGACUCCACUAAUAACUCUCCUCCAUUGAUGUCUUGUGGGUGGGCAGCAACACCACACUACGUGACCAUCCUGCUGCUCUAUCUCCCAGUAAAGCAUUACGGUCCUAGUAUUGAAAGUCCACCCUCCAGAAGCCAUAGCCUCUAUCUAGGCAAUAAAGAUCAAAAAUAUAUUAAUUUCCAUAUUUGGCUACUUGUGAAGUGGACACCUAAUUGAGACACUAUAUAAGUUAUACCCAAACAUCGAGAUCUAUCAUUCAAGGUCAUUGGGGGGUGGGGAGUAUCUGCUGGGGACCUCCCAGAUGACUUUUGGUUCAGGCAGCAGUAAAGUGAUGACAGGUUCCCUUUUUAGUUUUUUAUUUUAUUUAUAAUGGGAUAACAUAUUUAAUGUUUUACUAUACCAUGAAUUAUUACCAGAGUCUUCUUAUAUGACAAAUGUCAGGACCUAAAGCAAUAUAAAUAUAGAUUGCUAAAUUUCUGCCAAGCUACUAUUCGGGAACACUGGUGAAAGUUACUCUGAUCUUGCAGUUUAAGGAGCAAUUUGUCUGAUUAAUUAUCUUAAAUAACAAUUCUUACAGACCAUAAAUUAAGAACAUACAGCUGUGCCUUCAGAAAAUAAUUGAUUUUCCUAAACUUUACGCAGAUCUAACAUUAAUGCCAAUAUAUUGAGGAGAAGCUGCUGGUGUCAAAAUUGCCAGAACUCUUCCUUCUGUAUAGAAUUAAUACAUAAACCCAGACACAUCACUUAUUCUUUUGAUUGCUGUUUUAAGAGGCGCAUAAUGAGAUUUCGGAUUUUAAUCAUCUUAAUUUAAACGCUUCAUUGUUUUAUAGUUUCCCUUGUUCCAAUUUCCGACCCAUUCAGUAGCAGAAGCAUGUCCAUACUUGUUUUUCCUCUAACCAUUCAUUAAUACGAUUUAUAAUUUUUAUAUCUCAGUUUUAUGGCCAUUACCAUUCACUUAAGGCAAUGUAUACUUUAACCUUUCCAUGCUUGGUUUCAGUUAGACGCAGCCAGUCCCAUGCCUGAAAUCAGCAGCUUUAUGUAAUGUUUCCAGUGAGAACUAACAAUGUGUAACAAUCUAUUAUUCAGUGUUCCUUCCCUAUUGUGCCUCUAAAAGAAAACUAGAUAAUUCUCUCAUAUUGCAUCCAUUCAAUGUAGAUUUCCCAUAUAAGUAAGAUAAGUCCUGGUACAACCUGUGACAUGAAAAACAACAUGAACACACCAUUGUAGAAGAAGACAAUUGGAGGCAUAACAUAACUAUUUCACAGUUUCUGUGGCUUCAGUAUUGUUAAGUAUCAGGGACAGAUAAUUUCCGGUGCUGGAGUGCUGUGAAAUUACAAUGCAGCAUAGUCAGUAUAAAUAUAUAUAUAUAUAUAUAUAUAUAUAUAUAUAUAUAUAUAGUAAAACUUCUUUGCGAAGACCACAUAAAAUUACAUUACAAAGUGGUUUUCAAUGGUGGUGGUCUUCUCAUGGACAUCAAUCAUAAGGGAUGGUGGACUGAAAAUCCAUCACACAAAGUAUGGUCUUUAUGUUUAUAUAGCCUUCUCAAUGAGGUGGUCUUUUGCAAAGGUUUUUCUUCACCAGGAUCGGUAGAGUUGCUUAAGGUGAGCAGAACUGCCUAAGAUCUUUGAGAAGGGUUUACUAAGGGUGCUUGGUGAAAACAAUUAUCAGUGCAGGCAUUAUCCACCUUCGGGAGCCAUACCAGUAUCCCGGCAGGUUGUAUAUGGUGAUCAUUUUCUAUUUGAGCAUUUAAACACACUUCCUACAGCACAAAUCUUUAAUAUGAAAAAUAUAGAAAUCUAGGGUCCUAUACUGGACCUUCUAAUGUUAACACAUGGAGACAAUACUGUGGCAUGUCUUGAGAUAUUGUUCCUGAGACUAUGGUGCCAUACAGAUGUAAAAUACUGAGCACACAAAAUACCUACAACUUUAUAACAUGGAAUCCCAAUGACAUAUUUUCCACUCUAUGGGCCUUAGAUGCAGUAUUGGAGCAAUGUUACUCCAUUGUCAAAUCACCGUCUUCAUUGGAAGUAGAGUUAUUUCCAAUUGUACUGUUUAAUCUUUUCAUGAAUAAAAAGCAUCUUCCGCUCUCAUAUUCAGCUGCCUUAACCUAAAAUACAAAAAAAAAAAAAAAUGAAAUUAAAAUUGUACGUUACUACGAAAAUGUGAAUAGUAUUUUUAUAGCUUGUCAGAGAUACAGCUAGUCAAAUUUGUACAUAAGGGUGGGCACUUUCUUCAUUCACCAGACAUCUUCCUUUGGGACGUAGCUGCUCUCUUUUGAGUUGAUUUGUAUAUAUAUAUGUACAGUUAGUGGUUUAAAUUCCUGUAUAUUCAUUUUUACUUUGCUCACACUUUAUAUCAUUUUUUGACAUUAUUUGUGAUUAUGUUGCUGUGGCUUGCUUAAUUCUUGCACGCGCUUUGAUUAUUCUUCACAUGCGUGAAUCCUGCUGUUCUUUUGCUCAGAAAUCCCCUUUGGUUUGUGUAUUUUUACAAUGAAGGACUGUUCCCUGCCCCCGCACGUAAGCCUCUUUUCUGCCAAGGGACCAUGUUUUAUCCAAAGCAUCCUCUUGACCGAAGAAGAGGCAUAAAGGUUCCGUUUUACUUUUUAAUAUAGUAUUAUUUCUUCUAUUUUUAUUCUUUAUGUUGUAGUUUUAUGUGAGGGAGUUUUGACUAAUGUAGUUCUUGUUGUGAUUUGAUGCAUUGCUAUGUAUUGUAUGAGUGCAAUUUAGAGCAGCCAUGAGGGCUGUGCACUGAUUAUUUACUUAUUUUUUAAUUUACAUGUGAUGGGGGUCCUUGGAAUUAAUAUACACAACCCAUAAAUAUUAAGACAUCCUGCAGAUCUCCUGAUCAAAUACUCUACUAUGAGCAACACUUACCAAUUAACAAUGUUAGAGAUAUCACUGCAGAAUGCUUAUUGACUGUGGUAGGUGUCCUCUCUGUAUUUGGCGACCCAUAAAUCAGGCAAACUAAGAACCAUUACUUGGGGAUUUCUGAUUCAGCUCUUUAACCUCAGUGCUCCUUUACCUGUUAACUCAAUAAUGCAUUGCUCCUGUUCACAUAAACUUCACACAAAGAAUUUGUCAACCUUUUGUAGCUAAAUUAGCAUUUUUGAUAUUGUACUGCGCAAUAACAGAAGAAAUUAUUAAACCUUUUGUAUUGACUUCUAAAGAAACAGUAUCAUGUUAAAGGGGUUAUCUAGGGAGCAGAAAAGGUAUCACCUUUCCUUGCUCCCUAGUGGCAGACUACUGGCUUGGUCUCAAGGCUUAAGCUUUCUUCCCACUUGAAGAGGUUGGAUUGGACUAAAAUGAUGUGGUUGGUAUUACAUUGUGAUCAUUGCAUGCUGGGAAAAACACGUCCACUUGCGGUGACCAAUGACUGGACAAAGUUGCUGAUAUUGGUGCAAAAUAGUGCAGCCAUUGUAACCAGGCCUGGUUUGUCCUGUGUGUGAUGAUCGCAACAUAGUCCACUGUCUUACUCUGUCCCCAUAAAGAAAAAAAAAGGUUAUAUCUCUUAGGUGAGACCAAGCUGGAAGUGUGUCGUCAAGGACCAAGGAAAGGUAUUCUAUUUCUGCUCCACAGAUAACCCCUUUAACAUACAAUGUAAAAUGAAUAUAACUUUUUUUUUACACUCUGAAUUACUAGUAGUGUUUAAUUUUCCUAGUAAUAGGAAAAACAAGUAGAAGUAUAUGAUGUUCCAUAGAAACAACCCUUAUGUCAUGGAACUAGGUGGUAGACCAAAAUUUUCUAUUUAACAUCUUCUUAAGGAGUGCAGAAAAAAAAGGAACAUUUUGUAUAGAAAAAAACCAUAUAUUUAUUUAGUUACAAUGGGAUGAAUACGUAAUUUAAUGUGAAGUAGUGUCAGCCCAUACCUAAUUCUGGUUAUAUUCUAUAAUCAAAAUGGCUUCAUACUAUAGAAGAUAUAUUCUAUGGGUAGUUUAUUUAUCCAAAUGCACCCAUUGGGGUAUUGCUACGCCAUGUCCAUCCAAAAGUAAGACACGCUAACUAUAGCUUUUUGAUAAUAACCUUUACUAAAAUGUCUGGUAGGAUACAUUUCAAAGAAGAUUAUAUCAAUGGAUAUAACCAACAUUUUUGUAUAAUUCAUUAUAUGAACAAAAAGACGUGCCUCAGGGUGUACAUCGGAGGCUUUGCAAACUGCUUUCUGUUGUAUAAUACCUAAAAGAUCAUUGAAAGCUCUAUGAAUAUGAAAUGCUCUACAAAAUGGACUUCAACAUCUGUGUCACUGCAAUGAACCUCAUAUGAUCAGGGAGUUAGAAUCUAUGGAGGUAUUUGUUUUGCUUUGCCUAGACAUUGUAGAGUAAUGUAGAUUGGAGUCCUAAAAGCCCAAUGUAACAAAUGUUCAGUUAAAGCAUUACUAUGAUUUACUUUGUGAUCUGUCAUAAAGUAAGUGAGAGGGAAAGAGCAGUGAGCCAAGGGAGUGAAGCGAAGGGAGUGGAGUUCUUCCCUCUCAACUUGUUCUAGGAAUUGGGUGAUUCUGAGCUCCUAGACAGCGAUCAGUUGAAACCUUUAACAUGUCUUUAUGACAUGUCCAAAGUUUAAUUUAAUUAUAGAAACAUUUUAAGUUAUUUUACAAGCAUCAUUAUGUUAGCAUUUCAGAUUCAUCAUGACAGGAUUGCCUUCACUGGAACACCGUUAUAAGUAAUUUAGGGUCAACCAAUGAAGGUCAUAACUGAGCAAUGCAUUGUUGGCGUUACAUACUCUAGCACAAGGGGUAAAUGUAGCAUAUUUUAAGUCUUUGACUAGACCUUGAUAUUGAUUUAUCUGUUUUAAGUUACAGGGGCACAUGAAAUUUGCUGACCAAAAAAGCCAAUAUACAAAAUGUAUCUUAAAUGUUAGUAUUCAGUACUCACAGUGAACAGUGGCUAUUUAUGGUUUAAUAACAAUUAUUGUGAAUUAUUGGCAGAUUAUGCCUCUGGUUGUAGUCUAGACCACUCUGUAUAGUAGGCAGUCAAUCCAUAAAAAGCUUGCCUCAUCCUACAUAGGGAUUUUACCCCCAAAAUGGUUCCUCUGUUCAUUGUUUAUGCAAAAGCUAAAUGUUAAAGCAUUCUCCUUCCUUCAUAUUAAUAUUAGAAGAUUUGUUGUUUGCAAAAAAUAGACCAAUGUAACAGAAUUGAGAUUGGCAGGUGUGGAAGAGUAAAGUUUGUCAUUUGGGAUAAUUUAUUCCAACAUAACAUUAUCUGUGGUUUAAGAUAGGACGGAAGACUUGUCAUGAUGCACAUAUAUUGUAUGCAUAGCUCCAAAGGGUUAAAUGACAAGUUAUCUCUGCUACAUCAGUAUGUGGCUUGUAGGUGGUUAUCCUUUGAGAACCUAAGUUUUACAAAAUGGCUGAUCCCAAGAGUUUGUACCAGAUUAACCUUGUGAUCGCCUCAAGUGCGUUGUUAGAGACUAUGAACAGACAAAAAAUUGAAUAAGAAGCAGUUUAGGUUAAGACAUUAGGUCAUGGGUUUGUGUGAAAUAACGGGAUACAAUUACUGGAUGAGCCGCAGCUACUUAAUAGCAUAAUGUUUAAACUCUAGCAGAGCAGCCUAUGACCCCUGUAACUUCAAACAGACUCUCAACCAUCUGUGAAAGAGUGGCACUGCUGUGAGCAUAUUGGUUCUCUGAAAAUGAUGCAUCCGUGCAUUAUCCUGUUCUCCUACAUUAGGCCACAGUCUUUCUCCGGACGGUAGUCCAGCAUCAUUUUGUUUUAUCAUCAUGCCACCCAUACCAUCUCGGCUGAACAAUUUGAAAACUGUUCUGCAUUUUUGUUAAAUGAAUCUGUCAGAAAUAUAUUUUUAAUUUAAUAUAAAUGAAAUUCAAUAAAAUAUGGUCAAACUU